UAAGCUGUUAAUAUCGUCUAUACAUGCUUCAUUUAUGUGAUAAGAUCUCAAAUGACAUGCAAGCCCCAGCUCGGCUAUAAAAAAGGCGCUACCACUCAGCUCACCACAUUACUUGUGCAGCUUUGGCAGUCGGUUGGCAUUCAAUAUCCUUGAAAGGUGACCAAUUUUCAAAAUGAAGGCCAUUUUGAGCAUACUUCUUUUCUCCUUCGUUGUUUACACAACAGCUGAAGAACUGACACUUGUCAGAAGAGAUCUUCCAAAGCAGUGCGAGGAUGUUCUUGCCGCAGAUCUCUGCAACAAACUGAGAGAAAUUGCAGCAGCUCUUAAACUCCAAGCUUCCAAGGUCGACGAUGCUAUUGUUGAUGCUGCCAUCAAAGGAUUGGUUGCUGCUCCAGCAGUUUACAGAGCAGCCAAAGAGUUCUUGAAAAACGAAGUCCUCGACAGGCCAUGUGAAGAUUUCCUCUCUCCUGCGGUAUGCACCAAACUUCGUCAAAUCGCCGGUGUUUUGAAAAUCCAAGCAGCAAAAGUGGAACAGUUUGUACGAGAGGCAAUUGCUGAGGGAAUUACCACCGGAACAGAAAUUUAUGCCAAAGUCGUUGAAUUUAUGAAGAAAGAAGUUUUGAGCAAGACAUGCGAUGACUUCCUGGCACCAAGAGUCUGCAAUAAGCUGAAGGAAAUUGCAGCUAAACUCAAAGUCCAAAUUGCAAAGGUCAACGAAAUGGUAAUUGAUGCCGCUAUUGCAGGAUACCAAAACAGGGAUGAGAUAUACAACAAUGUCAUCCAGUUCUUGAAAGAUGAAGUUCUCUCAAAGACUUGCGAAGACAUCCUCGCUGGUGACCUCUGUAACAAAAUGAAGGCAAUUGCAGCAAAACUAAAGUUGACUGCAGCUAAGGUUGACAAAGCAGUUAAGGAUGCAGUUCUCAAGGGAUACCUCACAACAGCUGCUAUCGUCCAGUCAGUCAAGGAAUUCUACGAAAACGAGAUCGCUAGCAAAUCAUGCGAAGACUUCCUUCCUGAUGCAGUAUGCACAGCUGCCAAAGAUUUGGCUCAAAAAUUCAAGGUUAGCAAGGAAAAAGUUGACAAGGCCGUGAAAGAUGCACUGAUCAAGGGAUACGACAAAGCUCAAGAGAUCUUCGAUUACGUAAAGGAAUACCUGAAGGAAAACAUCCAAUGUGAAGAUCACCUUUCAUCUAUCUCCUGCUCUAUACUGCGAAGAACCGCCAAGUUCCUCGGCGUUCAGCUCCAGAAGGUGGAACAGAAAAUCAAGGACCUUGUCAGUCAAGGAAUCACAAGAGCCACAGAAUUGUACCAAAAGGUCUUGUCAUUCAUCAGAAACCAGAUCCUUGGUUAAACUAUUUUCUGAUUACUAACUUGAUAUGAAGAUCUACUCAUAAUAUGCUUGAAAAAGAUAUAAUAAAUAGCUGCA